AUGGACAACUUCGAAGCUACGCACAGAGUCCACAGGGAUAAAGGCGCUGGAAAUGGAGUAGGCAAGAGUAAGGAGAAGGGCAAGGGCAAUGGCACGGCCAAGGGUAAGAUCAAGGGCAAGCCAACACGAUCAAAGUCAGGUUGUCUGAACUGUCGCAAGAGAAAGAAGAAAUGCGAUGAAGUCAAACCAAUAUGUACUGGUUGCCUCAACAGGAACUUAAUAUGUGAGUAUCGUAGCCUUGCAUUCCACCCAUUUAUUGAAAAUAAAUUGGAUAUAGUUACUGAUUCAAAUCCUAUAAAUAAUAAUUUGCCAAACAACAUUCUUCCCAUUGAUGAAAAAAUAACUAAAAUUUCAAACCUGGAAAACUUAGUCGGUGAAACGGUAAUGAGAAUCUUUGACAACAACAACUCCAAAUUGAGUAACCUGUUUGAAAACCAACAAGUGCAGGAAGACUUGCCAAACCUGGACGAGUUUGAUAUCCAGAAAACUAAAACUUUGGAUGAUUUACUGCCAAUUGAUUCUGAUUUCUUGAAUAUCUUUUUUGAAGAUCAGCCACAGUAUCUUGAUCUUUUCAAGAACCCCACUCCGAUUAUACCGCCAUCAUUGGAUAUUAAGUUACCCGUCCCAUUAACAACACUUGAGCUCUCGUACUUUGAGUUCUUUUGUAAGAGUAUCUUAUCAGAUUUAUCAAUAUUACCGCAGGAAUUUAAUUACUAUACAAAAAUUUACAUACCAUUGGCAUUCAAAGAAGAAUCUGUUUUGUACACUCUUGUUGGUUGGGGGUGUAGAAGGAGAAAAAAUAUGAAUCUAAAUUAUCAGGUAGAGAAUAAAGAAGCCGAUAGUUAUAUUGGCAAAGUGAACGAAAUCAUCUUAUACCAUGAAUCAAUACUUGAUCGUGAGAAGUUCAUCACAAACUUUGUGUGUUACAUGUUGCUAGUCUGUAUGGAAAUUUCAUUUGGAGACACUUCUAAGUGGUCUCAUUAUUUUACGUGCUGUUUUAAUAUGAUUAACAAAAUGCCCGGAAAUUUCAGGUAUUUGGUGUCAACUUGUUCAAUUGAGGGUAACUUGUUGGCGGAGAAUUUUGCAUAUUUUGACGUUCUAGCUUCCCAGUCAAAUGAAAAUGGUACUUUUUAUCCGAUGGCCGAUUAUUAUGAAUUGUUUAAUCAGAAUAAUACUACUAAAAUUGUUCAUGACCCUUUACAAGGCUGUAUCCGACCCGUUAUCCUACUGAUUGGCGAAAUAGUUAGUUUAUUAGUGGAGCACAAUUCACUACAGGCCAGUUUAGACUUAUCUGAAUGUGAUAAGUUUGAAAUAAUAAAUAAGAUGAUGACAAAAUCAGAUAUGUUGGAUGAAAGCAUCAAAUUUUCAAAACCAGAUUUGUCGUGUUUACAAUACUUAGAUUCUUCGUCACAAUUGGAGAUUCAUCUAACUUUAUUUGAAGUUUACCAAAUCGCUUCUCAGAUUUACUUACGUCAAGUUAUACGUAAAUUACCGCCGAUAGUUCCAGAAAUCCAAGUAUUGGCAUAUAAUUUGAAAAAAGAUCUAAGGCUAUUGCUAGAAUCCCUGGAAUUGAAAAACAGUUUAGCGUUUCCUAUGUUAUUGCUCGGGAUUAGCUCCACUUCUGCAGACGACAAAAAAGAGGUUACAGGUAUGUUUAAAAGGUUGAUCCAAGUAUGCGGAUACUUGAGCAGUUAUCAAAAACUUUUCAUUGUUGUUCAGAAAAUCUGGGAUCUCAAUAAUAAUGGUUCUCUAUAUAUUGAUUGGUUCAGAGUUACAAAACAAUUGGGUUGGAGGCUGAACUUAGGCAGAUAA